CAAUCCAUUCGUUCCACUACUAACUAAGCACCAUUCAGUACUAGCUUACAAAACCCCGAAACAACUAGAUCUCACUCGACGCCUUUCGAUUUCUGAUGCUGGUGAGGAUGCGGGAUCCUCACCGGAAAGUUAAGUAAUCUUAUACAGACUUGUAAGAAGUUGGUCUACUCCCCCAUAGCCGCCGUCAUCCUUCAGUUUUGUAUUCAUGCAAAGGCUUAAAAGCCUUUAGCGGCCUGAGCUUCUUUCUUCACUUGCUUUGCUUCCCAAAUUCCAAACCUUCUGGUCAAGAUGCAGAGCACUGCGCUUGCUCUGGCUCCUUCCACCUCGUUUCUCAAACCUCCGGGUCGAAAAUCUAUCCCUAAAGCCACUCAGCUUUCAACCUUGACGUCCUUGAUACAAGACAGUUUGACUAAAGUUCACAGGCUUUCAUGGCAAACACCUCUUUACACGUUUUCUUCUUCCAAUGCUUCCUUCCUUUUCUCAAAUCACAGAUAUGAUCAUUUGAAGGUCAGGGCUGCUUCUGUUCCCGGGAGUGCUGACGAGGCCUCGAAACAGAGCGAGCUGGUUAAGACCUUUCAGCUUGGUUCAAUGUUUGGAAUUUGGUACCUUUUGAAUAUUUACUUCAACAUCUACAACAAACAGGUUCUGAAAGUCUAUCCAUUUCCAGCAACGGUCACAGCGUUUCAGUUCGGCUGCGGGACUGUGAUGAUUAUCCUGAUGUGGGCUCUUAACCUCCACCCCAGACCAAAACUCACUCGCUCACAGCUUGCAGCAAUUCUUCCACUGGCAGUGGCACACACAAUGGGGAACUUAUUGACUAACGUUAGUCUUGGGAAAGUUGCUGUUUCUUUCACUCACACAAUCAAAGCUAUGGAGCCGUUCUUCACAGUUGUAUUCUCUGCUCUUUUGCUUGCGGAGAUGCCGAAUAUUUGGGUUGUUGCUUCUCUUGUACCAAUUGUAGGCGGAGUGGCAUUGGUAUCCUUCACCGAGGCCUCUUUUAACUGGAUUGGUUUUGGUAGUGCAAUGGCCUCUAAUGUUACGAACCAAUCACGUAAUGUACUCAGCAAGAAGUUCAUGGUUAAGAAAGAGGAAUCUUUGGACAAUAUCAAUCUCUUCUCAGUGAUAACUAUCAUUUCCUUCAUCCUGUUGGUUCCUUCGGCAAUCCUCUUGGAAGGCGUUAAAUUUACUCCUGCAUACCUGCAGUCUGCUGCAAACCAAGGAUUGAACAUCAAAGAGUUAUGCGUGAGAUCACUUCUGGCUGGCUUCUGCUUCCACACUUACCAGCAGGUGUCCUAUAUGAUACUGCAGAUGGUUUCACCGGUGACUCACGCAGUCGGGAACUGUGUGAAGCGUGUGGUGGUGAUAGUCUCCUCAGUCAUCUUCUUCCAAACACCCGUCUCACCGAUAAACUCCCUCGGGACUGCUAUUGCUCUUGCUGGAGUGUUCUUGUAUUCAAGAGCCAAGAGAACAAAGCCAAAGCCCAGUUAGUGUUGCGUGCAUGAAUUGUAAAUAUAUAUUAUAUAUAUGAAGCAAAAAAGAAAAUCAUCUCAUCAACUGUAAAGAUUAGUUCUAUGAUCUAUAUAUUCUCAUCAUAUUGUAUGCAAAGAUAUAUUUGCUGCCUCCAAAAUAACUUUUAUAUUA